UUUGCAUGUGUCGUAGAGUGUCCGCUCUUCCUUUGUAGUGUUCUUCCUCAUUCUAAAAUCCUCACCGUCGGUGGCCUCAUCAGUGACCUGAGAUUUCAGAUUGGCGGGAUGGCGUCGAAGAGGAUCAUCAAGGAGCUCAAAGAUCUGCAGAGGGACCCACCAACUUCAUGCAGUGCAGGUCCUGUGGCUGAUGAUAUGUUCCAUUGGCAAGCAACGAUCAUCGGUCCAAAUGACAGUCCCUACUCCGGAGGUGUAUUCCUUGUGACCAUCCAUUUCCCUCCUGACUAUCCUUUCAAGCCUCCAAAGGUUGCUUUUAGAACCAAAGUCUUCCAUCCAAACAUAAACAGCAAUGGAAACAUCUGCUUAGACAUACUCAAAGAGCAGUGGAGCCCAGCCCUGACCAUAUCAAAGGUGCUUCUCUCCAUAUGUUCGUUGCUGACGGACCCGAAUCCCGACGAUCCACUGGUCCCAGAGAUCGCACACAUGUGCAAGACGGAUAGAUUCAAGUACGAAUCAACGGCCCGUAGCUGGACCCAGAAAUACGCAAUGGGCUGAAAUUAAGCCCAUUUAAUUCAAGCCCAAGCCCAUGUCUUUAAAUAAUCUACAUCUAUGUUGUGAGUUUUAGUGUUUUGGGUAUAUUGAGAGUAUAUAAAACAAUGUUAUGAAGUGUCCAAGUGUGUCACUUUUGGGCCGUUGAGAGUUCUUUGCUUAUAGAAUAAACGGCAGAGAUUUUUCAA